UUAUUAUUGACUGCUCACACUCCCGCUACUGUCUCUGCCUUUAUUUUCAAUAACUGUCGCACAUUUUUUUUAACUCUUCUUCAUGCUCAGCUUCGCGGCGGAGCGCUCCUGUCAGGUUGACCGUAUGGACGGCCGGCAGGUGACGACCAUGGAGAUGAAGCCGUGCAUCGAGUACCACGACCUGGAGGCUGCCGAGGCGCUCGUCAGCAUGAGCUUCUGGGGUCAAAGGUCGCACAAACCCCGCCCACUGACCCCUACCUCCGACUCCUGUGACUCCAUCCAUCUCCACCUGGAGGGGGGGGACACUCCCAAAGACCUGAUCGCUCUGUCCUCACUGUGUAUGACUCCACCUCACAGUCCAAGCUUUGCUGAGGCCUCCACCACCGCUGUCCUCACCACCACCUCCGCUCUGAACCUCCCACAACCCUCCACCUCCCCCUUCACCUCAGAGACCUCAGCACUUCCACCUCAGACAGAGUUGACUUGUGUGGCUCCGCCUGGCAGAGCGAUGGCCACCAGCGUCAUCCGCCACACCGCCGACCGCCUCAGCAUUCCUCCUCCUCCACCUCCCUCCACCACCCAGCUGACAGAAACCUCCAUGCCGCCUCAGCUGGGACUUCCACAGACACUUCCAGAGGAGAAGGAUGGACCUCCUGCGUCUCCUGACAGCCCGUCCUCUCCUCCUUCCUCAGCGUCGCCUCCUCACUCCUCCCCACAGUCUUCCUGCUCCUCUUCCUCUCCAGUGUCCUCCUCUCCGGUCCUCUGUCAGGUUUUCCCGGUCAGCAGCCGGACGGGAAUGAUCUCUGCCUUCGUCCAGGCUCCUGUUCAGGUGCAGACUCAGGGUGGGCCCAAGCCCAUCCUGCCCCAGUCUCCUUCCAGCUUCGCUCAGCCUCUGCUGGUGGGCUCUGCUGUGCCACAGGGGACCGUGAUGUUCGUGGUUCCCCAGCCGCCCGUCUCCCAGGCACCACAGGGCCCACAGACUGUCAUGACCCUGGGCAACACCAAGCUCCUCCCCCUGGCCCCAGCCCCCGUUUACAUGCCAACAGGAGCAAGUGGUGGCACCUCGCAAGCCGAUUUCUCCCGCAGACGAAAUUAUGUCUGCAACUUCCCCGGCUGCAAGAAGACCUAUUUCAAGAGCUCACACCUGAAGGCUCACCUGCGCACACACACAGGUGAAAAGCCGUUCAGCUGUCAUUGGGAGGGCUGCGACAAGAAAUUCGCCCGAUCUGACGAGCUUUCACGCCACCGCCGGACGCACACCGGCGAGAAGAAGUUUGUUUGCAACGUGUGCGACCGGCGCUUCAUGCGCAGUGACCACUUGACCAAACACGCGCGGCGGCACAUGACCACCAAGAGGGCUUCCUCGUGGCCCACCGAAAACCGAGACCUCAACAAAGUGGCCCUGCCGAAGGGCCAAAACAGAGGCUCUGCACUUCCUGUCGGCAUGCUGGUCCCCACAGCCAACUAAUAGACUCAGCCAGGAGCCCACAGGGCCAACUCAGGACCCCAGGGGGGCAACCGCCAAUCCAGACACUUACAGGUUAAACUGUAAGUGGAUGUUUCAAUCAGCUCCACAUCAGGAGGAUCUUUUCUACUCCACAAAUCAGACUGCUGCUGAACACAGUGAAGACAGUCACUGGGCUCCGGCUACGUUUACAUGAAGAACAGGGUCAUUAAAACACAGUAAACUCUGAUUAAGAAACUCAGUUAAGAUGGCUGUCUUACUCUCAUAUUGAACAGGUUACUGUGGCAUGGAAACCAUCGACAGCGUUCAUUGUCAGACUCAUUCACUGUUUCUUCUCUUUCUGGUUUAGUUUUUAUUUAGGCGGCAUGUUUGGUCAUGGACAGACAGAAACUUCCCUUUCUAUUGUGUGUUCCACAGGACAGGUUUCUAUCAUCUGUUUUCACAAGACUAAAAGUCUACAGACUCACCGGCGACCCUGUGAGGCUGAGAUGUUCACUACACUCUGAAAACUGUAGAAAAAACAGAUAUAUCCUUACCAGAAGUCUUGUCCUGAAUGUGGCACUAGAGGAAGUAACAUGUUUUUUUUUAACCUAGAUCAAAAUUAUGUUCUGUUCUGUGGCCUUUUUAGGACUUUCUAGAACUUGGUUCAGCUUUUAUCAAGCUCAGUUGUACUUUGAGCUGCACGCUAACAUUAUCGAACUGUAUUAGCAUGAUAAUACAGUAUGCUAAUGCUAAUGUAGCAUACUGUAUUAGCAUGAUCAUAUUGACCACAUGUCAUACAAGGUUAACAUGCAUGUUAACUAUUGUUUGGUGUCAACAUGCAGAUGUUUAACAUGUUAGCAUGCUAAAACACCAACUUUGAUGUCCUGAGAUUUGCACAAUUAGCACUCUAAACAUGCUAAUGUUAGCAUGUAGCUUGGAAGUCAUCUAUUGGUUUUAUAGUAAUCCUGUCCUGAAUUUAGGUGACCUGUGACUGUGACCUGCUGUUGACGCUAGACGGAGAGUCAAAGGAUCACCAAAGUCAGUAGGAUUCAUCCUCUGGGGAUAAUAAUCAAACAAUAAUCCAAUUUCUUAAUGUUUUGUUUUCCACCAUCAGCCUGUUGGUCUGACUCUGACUGGUUCACAGUAAUUCAGUUUGAUGAUAAAGCAUCACAGGGACCAGCAUUUUAGGUUUUAGAACUGGUUAGCAACCAGGAUCGUCUUUUGGUUGCCAACUUUGACACAGCAGUUGCCAUAUUUUUAAAGUUUAAAAGUCAAGUGAUAAACAUCAUUUUAUUUCAGAUUUCAAGUCUGUUUUUAAACAUAUAAACAGUGUCGAAAGGUUCCUCCGCCUGCAGCCUGUUCAUUUUUAUUUAGUUGCUUUGUUUAGAAACAAAUAAAUCAGAAUUAAGUAUAAACAUGCCACAGUAAGUCAAAUGAAGAAGUUAGAACAGCUGAAAUAAUCAGAGUACUGCCAGAAUCUAAUUUAAAAUCAAGAUAGUCUGAGUUUAAAUUAUGUAGACGAAGCCAGAGCAGCCAGCAGAUGACGGAGCGAGUUUCCCGCCCUGCUCAGGACAUUUUAUUCCCACCAACCACAAACUCACAGCAAGAGGAAGAGGAGGACACGAAGGCGACAGGCUGCUAUUCAUCCACGGACAGAAACCAACAAAAACCUGACAUUGCACUGGAUUUUUUAAAUCUUGCUUGUUUUUGUACUCUCUCUCCGUGUAUAAUCAUGUUUACUUCAUGUGUAAAUGUCACGUUUAGCAAAUGUAUGCACUCUUUUUAUUUUUUGCCAAAGCCUCUGUAUUGUGCUUCUAUUAUUAGCCUACUUAUAUUACUUUGUCUGUGACUGUAAAUAUUGUAAAUAGAUUGAUAUCUAUAUGAAUGUUACGUGUAUUCCAAUCUGCAUUUAUUGACAGUACGAGUUAUUGAUAUUUUAAAAAUGUCAGUGGACAGUAUUCCUCACUGUGAUACUACCUACUAUCUUUGCUUUACACAUUAUUAUUAUUUAAUAAACAUUUGUUGAGGAAAAAGUGCUGUUUUUGAUAUCUUAAUUUGGCCCAUAGUGUAGCCAGUAAGAAAAUACCUCAUGUUAUUAAAUGUUAUUCUUAAUAAUAACGGCUUAGCCUAUAUCGAAAUAAUCCCAUUUCUGAACAUUUGCCUGUAAGCGAUGGUGAAGAAUAUGGCUUUUAUAA